AUGGCGGUCGAUGAUGAUCCGUUGUCGAGAUUCCGUAUUAAGAAAUUAGAAGCCAAUGUAGAGCGCCUAUGUUCGUGUUACUUGCCGUGUAUCGGUGCUAUCAGCUACUCUACCUUUGCAGUGAACGUCGUGCAACCUAAACUUUUUCGCAGUAUUUUUCCAAGACAUCACACAGGAAUUGCCAGUAGCUUUUUCUUCAAUGCCCAGCUAGGUAUUGGUUUGUACCUCUACAGUCGUCCAUCUCUUCAGAAAGCUUCUGCGUAUCAGCGUGUUCGCUGGACAGUGUAUUUAACAGCUAUGUUCAACUUUGGCUCGGUGCUUCUAUGGGCAACCUCUAAGAACCUGCUUCCAGAAAAGACUUUUAUUCGUAUUCUCUUUGCAAUAAGCUCCAGUCUCUGCUAUCUUAUACUUGGUUGGCAAUAUCUUGACUUUGUUGAUAGUUCCUGCAAUUCAUCGCAUGAUACAAAUUGA